AUGUUUUGUCACUAUUUCUAGGGAAGCAGAGGCAUGGUGAUCCCCUCUUGGGAAAACCAAACAACCAUAGUGGAAUUUGUGCUUCGAGGAUUCUCUUCCAUCUGACAGCUAAAUAUUUCUCUCUUUGUGAUGUUUUUAGUUUUUUACAUCUUAACUGUCUCUGGAAACAUCUUCAUUGUCCUGUUAGUUUUAUUCAGCCAUCACCUCCACAUCCCCAUGUACUUCUUCUUGGUGAACCUGUCCUUUCUGGAGAUCUGGUAUGCCUCUAACAUCGUCCCCAAGAUGUUGCUGAUUAUUAUAGCCAAGCAGAAGACUAUCUCUGUGGCUGGCUGCCUGACACAGUUCUACUUCUUUGGAUCCUUGGCUGUAACAGAGUGUCUUUUGCUGGCUGUGAUGUCCUACGACUGCUACCUGGCCAUCUGCCAACCUCUCCGCUAUCCCAUCCUCAUGACUGGCCCCCUCUGUAUCAAGCUGGCUGCCAGUUUUUGGCUCUGCUGUUUCCUCCUCACAGCAAUCACAAUGGUCCUACUGUCUAGACUAACCUUCUGUAGACCCAGUGAAAUUGACCACUUCUUUUGUGACUUCACACCUCUGGUCCAUCUCUCUUGCAUGGACACCUCACUUACUGAGACAAUUGCCUUUGCCACCUCUUCUGCAGUGACUCUAGUCCCAUUUCUCCUCAUCAUAGCCUCCUAUUCUUUCAUCCUUGCUGUUAUUCUAAAAAUCCCAUCUGGCACAGGCCGGAGAAAGGCAUUCUCCACCUGCUCCUCCCACCUCACAGUGGUCACAGUAUUUUACGGGACACUGAUUGCCAUGUACCUGGUGCCCUCAGUGAACUCUUCACAACUCUUGAGCAAAGCGUUCUCUCCACUCUACACCAUCCUGACACCCAUGUUCAACCCAAUCAUUUACAGUCUGAGAAACAGAGAUAUCCAUGAAGCUCUGAAGAGGUGCUUGAGUAAGAAAUCAGGUUUCCUCAAAUGA